AUGCAAGUUCCUGUCAUCGAAAAACCCGAGGAGUGGAUGAGUGAAAUCAUUAAGCUUGAAGCUUUAUUCCGCUCUUGCGAAGGCAGCCAGCAAGUUGCUGAUCUUUUAAAAAAAGUGAAAAAAGCUGUAAAUGACUUUGAUGGCAAAAAUGGUCAUUCUCCUAUCAAACUGCAAGCGCCAGAGAACGUCAAGUAUCCAGGAAGACGCAAAGGCAGCAGACGUCCUAAAUACUUGCCAAAGGACUUUGGUCGCCCAAUGUGGAGAAAGACAAGUAUCUUGGCUGGAACUGCCGGGAUUAAGGCAAUGUACCGACGAAAGGUUACAAAGAUGGUUGAAAAGAGUUUAUCUGGCCUUAAGGUCACAAGAAAACAAAACAAAAAUAUUAAAAAAAUCAAAAAAGAGCCUCUCGACUCAGUCAAUGCUACCAAAAACAAAACAAAACAAAUUGAAAAGGAGCCUCUCGACCCAGUCGAUGCCCCCCAAAAAAAUGGGUUCAAAAGACCCGCCACCGCCUUAGAAGAUUACCAGUAUGAUAAUCGCACCUCUGUUGGCAAGAGGGUCAAAUUCCAGCCCGGUUUUCCUGUCUCUCAUGAGAUAAUCGAUGAUGUCAAGGGUGGGUUUAGCCCUACUGCUGACGGAUGGUGUGGUUUUCGAGUCCUUGCCCACUUGAUCUACAAAGAUCAAAAUAAGUUUCCACUUGUAAAAAGGGAUAUGCUAGCCGCCCUGCCGAAAUACAAAACAUUGUACGCAAAUACUUUUGGCACUGACACAAGCCAACUAGAAAAAAUUAUUCAACAUGGUUCUCAACUCGAUUAUAGCAACACCAGCAACACCAACACCAACACCAACACCAACUUCAUCCCAGUAUGUUCAGAUGCCAGUAUGUGGUUUAACACACCCGACUGUGCUCAACUAGCUGCGGACACAUAUACACGACCAGUCUGCGUCUGCUCAGACAGCCCCAACACCCCCUCAACAACCUUUCUUCCAUUCGCCCUUCCCAACAACAAAACCAAACAACGACAACCUCUGAUUUUUAAUCAUGUUAACAGUAAUCACUGGACAACAGUUGACCUUUCCCAUAAUAUCUCUAGAAAAUUGCCAACCGUUCCCGAAUUAUUUUUUUUAGGUUAUGCCAGGAAUAAGAUUGAUGAUAACUUUGAUACUUACUGGAAUAAGCUCAAAGAAUUUAAUAAGCAUGACCGCAGAAAUGCUAUGCUCUCUCUCCAUUCACAGCGAGAUGAACCAAUUGAUCUUACUCCAAAAUAA